GGCCGGCCCCACCUGUGACGGGGCUAGUGGGCUCUCCGCUGCCGGCGUGGGGAGACCCGGCCCCGGAGCCAUGGCGCUGGCGCUCGCCGUGGGGCUAUGCUGGGGGGCGCUGGCGGCAGCGGCGGGUGAGCCCCACAGCUUGGACAUCCUGAUCACUGGGCUGAACGAGCUGGGCGGGACUCACAGGUUCUUCAUGCUCGCCAAGCUGGACAGUCUGGAGCUUGCCUCCUACAGUAGUGACACCCGAGAGGUGAAACCCCUCAAGGAGUGGGCAGUACAGGCCGUUGGCAUGAGAUAUUUAAGGAAGAAGACCCAGGAGUUCAGGAUCUAUGAGGCCAUCUCCCGAGUGGUGACUCGCCGGUGGAUGGCGCAGCACAACCAGACCGGUGGGAUCCACACCCUGCAGCUCCAUGUGAACUGUGCGCUGGACGGAGACACCCCCGUGCGAGGGCACUUUCACUUUGCUUUCGACGGGCAGGAUUUCCUCAUCCUGGAGCGAAACCAAUCCGCGUGGGUACCGCUAGCGCCAGGAGCCAUCAACGAGACGCACUACUGGGACACUGGUCACACCUGGACCCUGUUUGCAAAGGAGUUCCUGCAGGAGGAGUGCGUGGCCACCCUGAGGAGCCUUCUGCAGGGCGGGACAAAGGCCCUAGGAUGGCAGGUCCCCCCAGGGAUGUCGGUGACCUACAGACACACCCCCCACGGCUCCACCACCCUCUCCUGCCACGCCAGGGGCUUUUACCCGCGUCCCAUCCGCGUCUCCUGGGUGCGGGACGGGGCGGAGAUCCUGCCACCCAUGAACGCCAGUGGGAUCCUGCCCAACGCUGACAGCACCUACCAGAUCCAGCAAUCCCUGGAGAUCCCUCCGCGGUGGGGCCACAGCUACGCCUGCCGGGUGCAGCACAGCAGCCUGGUGGAGCCGGCACUCACCAUGGGUCUCCCCGAGGUCUCGGUUUCCCGCAGAGACGCCCCUGACGGCUCCGCCACCCUCUCCUGCCGCGCCCAGGGCUUUGACCCACAUCCCAUCCACGUCUCCUGGGUGCAGGAUGGGAAGGAGACCCCGGCGCCCCCCAUCUGUGACCCGUCCCAGCUCCAGAGAUCCGUGGGGAUCCCACAGCAGGGUGCGGACGGGCACAGCUACUCCUGCCGAGUGCAGCACUGCGGCCUGCAGGAGGCGCUAGCGACCACUGCACCCAGAGAGCUGGGGGGCCUGGCCCCCGGGAUCCUGGCCACCCUUGGCCUUGCUGCGCUGACUGUGGCCAGUGCCGCGGUGGCUGGUUUCGUAGUGUGGAGGAGAAAGCGCCUGGACUCCGGCAGAAAUGGCUUCACCCCGACUUCCAAAGAGGAUCCCGCACCUGGCCCGCGCCCUGCUUGCCAACGUCAGACCACGUCCAUGUGACAGGCCGGGUGCCUGGUCACCCCACACCCACAGCCCCUGCCAGCCCGGACCCUGCCGGUGUGAGAGGCUGGAUGCUGCUCAGCCGGACUGGAGAUAAGGUGCCAAGUUUUACCAGUGUGGGGGAUGAACCCCUGCAGCUAUUUCCCAAGUGGUGGAUUCUUCGCCACUGGCCGUGUUUAACUCACAGUUGGCUGGUUUUCUCCAGGAUCUGCUCUGGGGAUUAUUGGAGCAGGUCUCUGGCCCCUGCUGUACAGGGGAUCAGACCCGAUGAUCGCAGUGAUCGCUUUUGGCCUUGGGAUCUGUGACUCUGUGAACCCACCACCCACAGCCCUGUCUGCUAACCUGGACCCCUUGGCCAGUGUCGGACCGUGCCUGUGUGAUGGGCCGGGCGCCCAGUCACCCCACCACCCACAGCCCCUGACUGCCAAGAGUUGCCCACAGCAGAGACCCUGCGUGUGGCACCCGUGGGCACGGCUCCUCCCCAGCCGCCAAAGGCUCCGGCUACCCAGGCCCUGCGGCUCUCGCACCGGCUCGGGACACAAACUCCCCACGCAGCCCGCUGGGCCGGUGCGGGUCCCGGAGAGCUCAGCGGGGCUGGAUUAUCCUGCGAGCUGUGGGGUUCUGGCUCCCAGCUGGGCGGGCAGAGCCCUGGGGAAUCAGACGUGGUGGGUCUGCCAAGCAGCCCCCUCCCCACAGCCCGUCCCCUUCCUGCUGGCCGGCCCUGGGGGAAGGGGCUGAGCCGGGAGCGGGUUGGGCUCUGGUUGGGGGCCAGGAGUCACUUGGCAGCUGGAGAGAAACCCAGGAACGGUGCCAGAGCUGCACGUGGAAUAGGUUGCGAGUGCUGGACGUCCCAGCCGGAGCAGGUCGGCCUGGGACUUGGGGAACAGCAGAGACCCAGAGCCGGGAGCCCAAGGAGAGAGACUCCCUGAGCCUAGCCUGGAAACCCACAGACACCGCUUGGCUGGGCUGGAGUGCGGGCUGGAGCGGGGGCACGCGGCUGACGGGCCCGGACUCUCCACUGGGCCGCCCCAGGGGCCCAAACCCGAGCGGCUAUCGCUUCCCUGGAACUACAGCUGCCUCUGGGCUGGGGGAUCUGCCCUCGCCCCCUUUGCUGCCGGCCCUAGUAAAUACCCCUCCCCUGAGCUGGUGUCUGAAUGUUACUGGGACCCUGGGGCUGGCCACAGUGCUGGGGUACAGUGGGUGCUGCUGCUGACACCCCAGGGCUCGGGUUCUCUGGCACUGAGCAGCCUCAGUCAUUACACGUGUGAGGAGGGGGAUGUCCCGUCCGUGCCCCCCCCCCGCCCCCUCUGUCCCAGCCCACGGGGUUCUGGGAUUCAUGGUAAAGCUGCAUUUCAUGCCCUGGAAGCAGUGUGGGAAAUACUCCUGCCCCGGGGCUGCCCCUGCCUGUGGGGAAGGAGGAUGCGGCACAAGUUCCGACCAAGGGGCUUAGCUGGCCCCCAGGGCCCCAUGCUCCCAUCCUUGCUGCCCCAGAGCAAACCAAUGGGUACAGCUAACCCCCUGCACCCCACUCCCUGCCUGAGGGGAUAGAACCCAGGAGUCCUGGCUCCCAGCCCCCCCUGCUCUAACUCACCAGAUCCCACUCUCAUCCCAGGGCUGGGGGCAGGGGUGUCUGCUGGUCUGGAUGGGUCUGAUCCAGGCAGGCUGGAUCUAUGGGCUGAUGGGGGAGGGGGAAUACCGUCUGGCUGGACCUGUUGGGCUCUGCCUGUGAUGGCCCCCUGGCCCUGGCAGAGCUGGCUGCUGCUCAGGGGCCCCAUCCUGACCCCUCUCUCCCCAUUUAUAAAUUGCUCUCAGGCCUCCAGCCCAGCAGCGAUCUCGCCUCCUGUGGUGCCUGGUCACGGGAGUUGGGCAGGCAAGGGCUCCAGUCUGCUGGGCGUUUAACCCUGCACCUGCCAUGGGCAAGUCUGGCGCUGGGGGGGUGGGGGUGUCUAUGGCCUGGUUCAAAGCCCUGGGUAUAUGCUGUGUCCUGGUGGCCCUGGGGUGGUCGAUGGGAGGGAAGGACCCUGGUUGUGGCUGGCUGGACCCCACGUGCAGUCCGUAGCCCCUUUGCUGUGAUGCAGCUGGCCCCUGCCCUGAGCCCCCCGGCCGCCCCCUGUCCCCUGCUGGCAUGUAGUGGGUGAGGUGGGCAGAUUCUCUGCUCUGCUGGCAGCUCGUGUCAGUUCCCCGUGUUCUACGAUCCCGCCCCAAGACUCAGCCGCAACGCGGGGGGUCUGGGGCUAGCACAGCUGCUGGGGGCAGGAGGUGCCCGGGUGAGUGCCAGGGUGUGGGGGAGAUACAAGGGGUAGCCUGGGAGUGGGCCCUGAGACCUGAAUGACCCUCCCUCUGUCCCAGCCCCCUGUGAGCCCCCAUCCUUCCCUGGAAUCUGAGGGACCCCCCUAUGCUGAGCCUCCAGGGAGACAGGGUUCUGUGUGCUGUGGGGAGGGUGUUGGGGUUCCCCUGAGCAGAGCAAUGUGGGGGUGGGGUAGUGCACAGGGGGAGUUGUGGGGGGGGAGCCCAGCCUUGAAUUCCCCCCAUCCGUCCUCUCCCUGGGCUGGUCCCUUCUGCCUCCCCGGCAGUGGCUGGACCCUGACUCCAGCAGCUCUGGUUCCAGCUAGGUGCUUCCGGCCUGGCCAACAGUGGCCCUGGCUAGUGACCAGCCUGGGUGCAAUUUUAAUAGUGGCGUGUUGUAAUUUUUUGGCCCCCUUGUGUUUGUUUUUGUGGGUUUUUUAGAACAUUUGGUUUGGUGAUGGCCUUUGCACUUAUUUUUAAUACACAUAUUUUAUUCACACACAAAACAGGACUGAUUUACACAGAGCAUUUUGAACGGGAACAUCAAGUUGCAAUGCAGGAGAAAAACAGUCAUUCCAUUCUUUUACUUAUUUCAAAAUGCUAAACCUGCAACAAAGUGGUGACCCUAAAGGUCUGUCACUGCCUAGAAAUCAGCCCAGACACGCAUUCUGGCUGAUGCAUCUUUACCAAUGGCACACGAGGCCAUUCCUUCCUGCUAUUUAAAAAGAGUGGCUGCCAGGAUAUGGUUAAAAUAAACAUUAAUACGUUUAAUACAUGCUACUUGAUUAUUGUUUAUUUUAAAUUAUACAAAAUACAAACAUGACAUUUUACUAUUACAUGUCCCCCUUUUGACCCCUCAGGAACAAUUUUUGAGUGGGUGAUAUUUUAUAUAACUGUUUCAUAGCAAUAUACGGAGAGGCCAUUGGAGCCGUGGUGGUAAUUUAAUAAACAUUUAUUUUGUUUAACAGCACGUAACAGCACCACAUUCCUGGCAAGCAGACACAGGACACUAUUAGCACAACUAGUAAUGGGUGAGACAUAAUAGACGAUGUGCCCUUAGAUGUCAGGGACCGGUCUGUAAAAAGUGGGACCAGGGAUAAGCUGGCAGUUGUUCUUUAGACCUGGCAGCUUUUAGCACGUCUCCAUUUGCACGUGAUAUUGGAAUGACACGCUUUUUUGUGUUUGUUGUAAAAACGGAGUCACUUUGGUUUUUGACAAUAAGUGAUCAGUUAGAUCGUGCCAAUCAAGGCCAAGAGUAACAGAGAAAUUAACCAGGGUAGCAGUUAUAAUGCUCUGUGCUUUUUUUAUUUUUGGAAAAUAGUACAUGUGAUUGCUGGUAUAUAAUACAUUGGCAUUACAUUCACAUUUACUUACUGGGGGUUGGCUGAUACUUGCAUUUUCCCAAAGUACUGGUUCCCAGGAUGUCUCUCUCUCUCACACACACACACACACACACACACACACACACAGUCCGUUGUACAAAACACACGUUACAUUUUCUAAUCUGUCCCACACACGUUCCCAAUGAGGUAUUUUUGCUACAUGGUUUUGGGUAAGGACAAGCAGACCCAUUUCCGAGGGCACCACUCCGUACACCCUCGGAUGUCCAAUAAUUUCUCCCCUUUCCCAGUCCUGACCCAUAACCUGGGGUAGCAAAAGGGAUCCAUGGUCAAUUUGGGGAGCAGGUUCACUUUUUUUAUAUUUUUGUUUUAUAGACAAAUUGAACAAUAAUUUUACCUAAUAACAAAUCAGGCUUAACCAUGCUGGAAAUGUAUUGCAUUCAUUUAUGUUUGUAGGUAUUGAACAAGGACCUUUUUUGUUGUUUUAAAAGAUGCCUUAAUACCCGAACAUUCCCAGAUAUUACCCAAAACAUUUUGUGUUCAAGUGAUGCUAAACUAAGACUGUGCAUUUCAGUACAUCCUAUGGCUAAGGCAGUUUUAUUUUUUAACUUUACUCAUUGUUUAUACAGCAGCCAGGAGGUGGUGUUUAGCUACUGCCACAUAUUGCAUGUUGCUUUUAGGUUUUUUAGAUUUAUUUGUACCAAGUUUAUAGUAGUAUUUGCCUGCUUAUGAAUGAGACUGUUUUGCAGUGGUGACAAGGAACUUAACUUAUUUUUAAUUACCUUUAGAUUUAUAGGAUUUAUAACUUUGGUUUUAAAACCAGUAUUUUUUAAUAUGGUAUUUAUUACAUUUUAUUUUGCUCAGC